AUGAAGCCCCGAGCCCUGCUGCUGCCGCUUGCAGUGCUGGCCCUGAAAUGGAACUGCUGGAGCUUCCUAGGUGCUGGCUCCAGAUGGUCACCUCGGCGUGCGCUCUCGAAGCGACGCGCCGCAGAUGAUCAGCUUCCGGAGGCACCACCCGGCGGGCGGGUCAUUCACGUCGAGUAUUGCAACGAUUGUAAGUUCCUGCCGCGCUAUCUCAAGCUGAGGAAGGCAAUGGCAGACCGCUUUGGUGAGCGGGUCCUCUGCUUCGGCAACCACGAGGAGACCUUGCAGGAACUCUGCAGGACGCCCAAGCCGCGCGCCGGCUCCUUUGAAGUGGUCGAUAUGCAGUCGAAGAAGUGCCUCUACACAAAGCUCGGCAGUGGGCUCCAUGUCACUGAGAGGCAAGAGUGGAUGGACCAGCUCUUCGAUGAGAUUGAAGCUCUUUGCGAGGCCGGCUGA